AUGUCCCCCUCCAGUUCAGCAUUAAGAUUGUUAGACUUUGCUGGUCCGGCCGAUGCUCCUCAAGAACGCGACAUGAAGCAAAUUAUAGCCCAGUUGAAGGCCUUGAGCCACGUGAUCGGUGAGAUCUGCCAGAUUAGCGGCGCACCUGGAGUGUCUGUUGGAGUGCUGCACCAUGGCACCGUCAUCCAUCAGAUGGGCUUCGGGUACCGAGAUGUCUCGAAACAGAUCGUUCCAGACGAAAACACGACCUAUGUCAUCGGAUCGUUGACCAAGGCAUUCACAGCGGCGCUUCUAGGCAACUUGGUGGACGAGGGCAAGUUGCAAUGGGACACGCCGGUCCACGACAUCCUGCCUUCUUUUCGUCGGAGCUCUCCCUACCUUCCCGACGAAAUCACCAUUACAGAUUUGUUGAGUCACCGGUCUGGAAUCGCUCCAUAUGACAGCCUGUGGAUUGGCUCCAAUAACGACAACCUACUGUCGAGGGAUCAAUGCAUUGCGGUCUUGGCCUACGCUCCUCAAGCGGCGUCUGUGCGAACCGAACUGCUCUACAACAAUUUUGCGUAUGAUGUCUUGGGUCAGAUGGUCGAGAAAACCUCGGAUCAACGCUUCUCGUCCUAUCUUCACCGGCAACUUCUGGAGCCUCUGUCGAUGAGCCGGACCUUCUUCGGCUCGGUCCCGGCAAACGACGAGAACGUCGCCAUCCCAUAUGCUACACUGACGGACGCCUCGGCAUACCCACUGCCCGCCCCAUUGGAAGGAGACAACGUGUCGAUUGGUGCUGCUGGCGGCAUUCGAAGCACGGUUUCUGAUCUGCUCACGCUCUACAAUGCUUUCAAUCUCGCCGCACAAAAUCAGAUCGAACAGCGGGAGAACAGCGGACCCGCGGGCCCGCUCAAGCAGAUGAAGCACCUCUGGCGGCCGCUAAUGCCACUGUCGCUACAGUCGCUGCGCGAGUUCAGCUAUGCUGCCGGCUGGAUACGGGUACAGCUCCCUGCCGUCAUGGGGCCCCCGGUCGAAAUUCACUCGAAGGAUCCAGUGGUUGGCAAGGGCCUGCCAUCGCGACUGGCAGUCUUCCACCAGGGCUCAAUACCUGGUUACCGAGCUUACACCGCGCUUCUCCCCGAAACAAACAGCGGCGUCGUGGUGCUCUCGAACUCACUCGGCCUAACAAAUCAUGCUCGAUGGAUCGGCGAAAUGUUGGUUGAGACGCUUUUGGGAAACAAAGUCGAUAGCUCCAGUUAUGUCGCCUUGGCCAAAACUGACGCUAGGCGGCGAGUAGAGAAGCACGACGCCAUCAUCAGGCAGCUCGAACAGGAGAGCAGUGGACAAGCGCCCUGCAGGCCUCUUGGUAGCUAUACAGGGAAGUAUUGGAACGCCAUCAACAAUUUCUGCAUCGAGAUCUUCCAGAAAGAAGACAAUUUGUACGUGUCAUUUCAGGGCCGCAAAGCGGACACCUUCAUGCUGUUGCCGUUCCAAAACGACAGCUUCUACUGGAAGCUUACCUAUGACGAUGCCAUGAAGCUCGCCCGUGACGCGGACUCUCCCAAGGCGUACUACAUUCUUCGCUUCAGUCCAGACUGUCACUCUGGAUCCUGCCGAGACAGUGGGCCAGGCGAGGAGCUCUUGCGCCUUCGAUGGAAGCAUGAUGAUACAAUGCAGGAUGACGGAGAAAUCUUCGCGAAAGCAGAAGUCCUUAUCUCACAGCGUCUUUAA